GCAAGGAGUCAGAAUACUUUCCCAUAAAGACCACUGUAUGGGUUUUCUGUUUAUGGAUUUGAGUGAAUGAGGAAGGAUUGGUGGUGGAUGAAGAAGCAAUUUUGUUGAUAUUUUUGUUUCAGAAAAGGGGCGGAGUGGCUCCUGGUUCUCAGUUCAUUGUAUGUAUUCCGAAGCAUCGCUUAUGACGCUUCAAAACAACUCAGGCUAGCAUUGUACUUUGUAAAAAUAAACAAGAACCAAUGUGGAAGCAGCUGGAGAUGGGGUUUAAGGCGUUUGUAGCUUUUGCGGCAAGAUUAUGGGGGAUUAUUUGCUAUGUAUUCAGAAAACAGGGUCGAGCGAUCAUGCAACACCAGGCUGUCCGUUACGAAAUCUGCCCACUGUCACCAUUAUCAAGACACAGGAUCAGUCUGGUGCAGCGUAAGACGCUGGUGCUGGACCUGGACGAGACGCUGAUCCACUCGUUCCACGACGGCGUGCUGCGCCAGACCGUGAAGCCGGGCACGCCGGCCGACUUUAUAUUUCGGGUGACCAUCGACCGGCACCCUGUGCGCUUCUUCGUCCACAAGCGGCCGCACGUGGACUUCUUCCUCGAGGUGACGUCGCAGUGGUACGACCUGGUGGUGUUCACUGCCAGUAUGGAGAUCUACGGCGCCGCCGUGGUCGAGCGACUGGACAACGGCCGCGGGAUUCUGCCGCGGCGCUACUACCGACAGCACUGCACUCUAGAGUACGGCAGCUACACCAAGGACCUGUCGGCCAUCUCGCCAGACAUAUCGGGCGUGUUCAUCCUGGACAACUCGCCGGGCGCCUACCGCGCCUACCCAGAUAACGCGAUUCCGAUCAAGUCGUGGUUCAGUGACCCGACCGACACGUGUCUGCUGAGCCUGCUGCCCGUGCUGGACGCGCUGCGGUUCUGCGCCGACGUGCGCAGCGUGCUGUCACGAAACAUGCAUCUAAACAGGACCUGGUAGUCAGGCGCCCGGUCCGCCAUCAGUUAUCGUCUGUAGAUAUCAAAUCUGAUAUUCUCCCUCUCAUUGUUGGGCGGUACCUCGCCGGGCGACGGUCGGCGCGGCGUGCUCCGCUGUCUGUCACCCACGCGGGACCCCGGCGAGUCCGGACUGAGGCCGGAGGGUCCGGACUGCGCCCGGAGGGACGGCGCGGUGCUCCAUGACGGCAGUCCGGUCCGGUCCGGUCCGGUCCGGUACCGGACGGUCCGCGGUGGUCCGGGGGCGGCGGCACCCGCCCCAACCACCCAGCUCAGCCCCCGGCCACCCCCGUACCUGAUUCGGUUAGACCCGGCGGGGCCGCCGCCGCCGGACCGACGCGCGCGCGAGCGAGCGCUCCGUUUUACCGUCUGACGAAGGACGUGUUUGUUUCGACGUAUUUUUGUGAGCUGGUUGUUGCGGGCGGGUGUGACGCCCGGUGAGAUGGACCGUGUCGGCGCCGGGUGGCCCUCGGCUGGCUGUGGCCGGCCGGUGAGAGCGAUGUGAAAGAUGUGAGAGGGGACGCUGCACGGUGCCCCGCCGUGAUGUGACGACUGUGAGAGUCAGGUGUGACGCGAUGUGAGUCGGGUGAGAUGUGAUGUGAGAUCAGAGGUCGCUCGAUGUGCUGCGUCUCCACUGCCGACUGCGGCACGCCUGUGUGAGAGAGCGCGGUCGCGGCAGCGGCGGCGAUUGUGUGAUACCCGGCCGGGCGUGCAGAGCCACCUGUCGGCCGGUGCUGUAACUGUGAGUGCCGCCGCUCGCCGCACAGGGUACGGGCGCGCCACCUCUGCCGUCGGCCCGGGAUCUCGGAGCCGUCUCAUAAUACUGCUCCGGGCCGGCGCGUGGAGUGAGCGUGCGGCUCCGGCUGCCGAGGAGCCCAGAGAGUGUGCGGUGGCCGGGAGCCGGCGCCGCCCAGUAUUAGCUCGGCGGCGGGCGCAGGCUGCCGCUGUCCACCGCCCACCGACUCUAGCCGAGUACAACUGGUACGGUGCACCGUGUGUUCGCAAUGGCCGUAUAUUCUGGUAGUGCGCCGCCGCGGUGCAAUUAUGAGAUAGAUGGCAAAUACAUAAUGGCAUCGCGACUGCUU